GGGGCGCGCGCCCGUCCCCCUGCCGGGUCUGGCGGGGCCGGGCGCCCAGCGCCCACGCCGCCCCGGGUGGCAGUUCCCGUUAACCUUAGCCUCAAAGUCAAAGGGUCCAGAUUCCCAGCCUGGGAAGGGGACCUGGGAGAGAAGAGGGAGACCCUUAGGAUGGGGGGCCUCGGGGCCUCUCGAGGGCCCCAGGUAGGGAGCAAGAUCAGACAGGGUUUCUUGUGAGGGUGGCUGGACUGAGGUGCCCUGGAGGAAGUCCAGCUGAUGGCCAGGAAAGCCCCAUGGUCGCAGCUGCUGGAGCUGGUCUGAGAGCCGCAGGUCCUCAGUGGGGCUCUUUGGGAGUGUGGGGUCUACGGGGCAGCAGGCGUGUGAAGCCAGAAUCCUGUCUGUAGCAGAGGCAGUGCACGGUACCUGGUGGAGAGAAUGAACCACAGGCUGCCCACAGUCCACCUCUGAGCGCCACAGCGCUGCCAGGUGUUCUCUGGUCCCGGGCCUUCCUCCGUGGGCACCAAGAGUUCCUGUCCUCCAGAUGAAGGGGAGUAGAGUAAGUGCCAUGUCAGGUGGCACAGUGUCAUGGAGGAAUGCGAGGUGGAGUUAGGCUUGUGACUUUACCCAGAGUGCCAGGGAAGGCCGCGCUGAGGAGGUGAUCCCUAAAAGCGGUGAGGGGGGCCAUGCCAAGAUCUGAGACAGAGCACCCCAUGCAGAGGGGCAGCCAGCGCAAAGCCCGAGGCUUCUGAGCAGCAUGACCUGUCCCCCAUCAUGUUCCAGGCACGAGGAACCAUCAGGAAAUGUUCUAACAACUGGAGCAUUCACCAACCAGACCGAGUCGGGGCACCGUGCUGAUGCCGUGGGUCCCCCGGGAUGGAGAGCAGCCUGGCUGGUGCCAGCACAGGAGACCGGCUGGUGAUGAAGAUCAAGCAAGAGAAGCCAGAGCGGCUGCUGCAGACGCUGGCGCCGCCGGCCGCGCUUUCCAAGGACAAGGAAAACAUUUUCCAGCAGCCCCUGGGCCUCCCACCAUGCCAGGCUUUGGGGAAACCCCGAUCCUUGGGGGGACAGGAGGAGACUGGGGGUCCCAGGUGGACCCCUCCCACUGAGCAGGAUGCUGGGCUGGCAGGCCAGGUUCCGGGGGCAGCCCCCGCCCCCCUGAGCCCCGUUCUGUCUGCCCGCGAGGGUCAUUUCGUGUGUCUGGACUGCGGGAAGAGGUUCAGCUGGUGGUCGUCCCUGAAGAUCCACCAGCGCACCCACACCGGGGAGAAGCCUUACCUGUGCGGCAGCUGCGGCAAGAGCUUCAGCCAGAAGCCCAACCUGGCGCGCCACCAGCAGCAGCACACGGGCGAGCGGCCCUUCCGCUGCCCCGAGUGCGCCAGGCGCUUCAGCCAGAAGCAGCACCUGCUCAAACACCAGAAGACCCAUGCGCGGCCCGCCACCUACUCGUGCCCCGAGUGCGAGCGCUGCUUCCGCCACCCGGUGGGCCUCCGCAUCCACCAGCGCGCGCACGCCCGGGACCGCCAGGGCGCCCGCGCCGGGCUGUGGGAGCUGCUCCGGGAGUCCGCGGCCUGCGGGGGCCGUCGACUGCGUCCGGGGCCGCCGCGGGGGCGCCCCGAGUGGGCCUGGCUGGGGCUCUUCCAGGGCUGGUGGCGCCAAGUGGGGGCGCAGACCGCCGCCGCCGCCACGGGGCCCGGCGAGCAGCGCCAGUUCAUCUGCAGCGAGUGCGGCAAGAGCUUCACGUGGUGGUCGUCGCUGAACAUCCACCGGCGCAUCCACACGGGCGAGCGGCCCUACCCGUGCCCCGAGUGCGGCCGCCGCUUCAGCCAGAAGCCCAACCUGACGCGGCACCUGCGCAACCACACGGGCGAGCGCCCGCACCCCUGCCCGCACUGCGGCCGCCGCUUCCGCCAGAAGCAGCACCUGCUCAAGCACCAGCGCACGCACCUGCCGGGCGCCCGGGCGGCGCGCUGCCCCCUCUGCGGCCAGAGCUGCCCCGGCCGCGCGGCGCUGCGGGCCCACCAGCGCGCACACGCCGGCGCCGCCGCUGCCCGGUCGCCGGGCCCCGAGCCGCAGGCCCACGUCCCCCAGGGCCGGUCGGCGCCACCGCACAGCCCCCCAUCGGCCCGGCGACCCGCGGACGUGAGGUGGUGCGGAGCGCGGGAGGACCUGGUGGGGCCCGGGGAGCAGCGCCAGUUCAUCUGCAGCGAGUGCGGCAAGAGCUUCGCGUGGUGGUCGGCGCUCACCGUCCACCGGCGCAUCCACACGGGCGAGCGGCCCUACCCGUGCCCCGAGUGCGGCCGCCGCUUCAGCCAGAAGCCCAACCUGACGCGGCACCGGCGCAACCACACGGGCGAGCGGCCCUACCGGUGCGCCGCCUGCGGGCGCAGCUUCAGCCAGAAGCAGCACCUGCUCAAGCACCAGCGCGUGCACCUGGAGACCCUGUCGCCCACCCCCAGCGUCAAGGUCGAAGCGCUUUAGUGCACCUGGACCCGAGGGGACCCGCGGGGGGUGUUUGCGGGGGUGCCUGUGGGGAGUGGCCAGAAUGGUGGCUUUUAGCACCCCAGGGGGUAAGACCCUAUCACAAGGCUCUGAAGGCCUGAGAACAGAAUUCCAGAAGCAUCCCAAAGGGAGACCCCAAAAAGGUCCCCGUGGGCUGAGGGAGGAGGGGGGAUCAGGCAUUCCUCACCCUGGAGCUGGGAUGUGUCCCUGACAGGUUGAGGGCCAACCCCGUAAGCUUCCUCAGGUGGGACCCCAGCCCUCAGGCACCUGUUGGGGGCCGAGGGAGAGGCUCCCUGGUGUGAAAUGGCCCUGGUCCGGACUGGUCAGCGGUAGUGCCGCCUGCCACACGCAGGCGAGGGAGGGGCGCCCAGCACUUCGUGGCCAUUCAACACAUAGUUUUGGAAGGGGUGAGUGGUUCUGUGGCCCUCAACCGUGAUUGUCCCACUGCGAGGGUGCUGUUAUGGCCCGCCUGUCCCGAGGACGGGAAUGGGGAGACGGUCAGGGGCUGGGGCACAAGGGGUGUGGUCUCAGCCGAGGUUCGCUGGCUUGGGAAGGUCCUGCAGCAGGGAAGAGCCAAACCUACUGCUCCCACUCCGUGGGCCUGGGGCAUGCGGAUGACUGACUUGGCUCCUUAUCAUGGCAGCGUUACAGAAGAGGAAAAUGAAGGCUUGGCCAUCUCACAUGGUCUCAUUGUCUUUCUUAAGCUUCCCUUCCUGAUCUCCCAUCUCUGAUCUCCGGGUCUCUGUGUGCUCUGAGGGACCAUUUGUCCCAGGACCAGGGUAAGGAGCUUUGGCCACGAGCAGAGCACCUGCCCACACCCAAUUCUCUUUCCCUCUUCCAAUACAAUUCAUCUCUUUCCACAUGUUCCCCUCAACCUGCAGCCCCCAAGAGUCACUCCUCAUGCUUUCCCAAAGCCGAACCCAGGGCUCCAGCCCAGCUGUCGCUUGGACUAUACUUUCCCACAGGAGGGGAGGGAAUUGUAGAGAGGGGUGGGUGUUGGGGUGCUAGGGUUGGAUAGGUGGGAGGAAAAAGAGGGGACCUCGCUAAUUCUGGAGGAGGAUGAACUAUGUGUACCUGUCUCCCAGGGCUUGUGGGGUUCUCUGAACUCACAGAUGUGUUUCCUUUUCCAGGACCUGGCUGUGUUCACCCUGGCUUCUGGUUACCCCUCUUCCCAGGUUUUGUUUAAUCCCUUUCAUCUGGCAGGAGUUCUAAUUGUAGCAUCACAGAAAGACCUGUGGAGGUGAGGACUCAGCUUACCUGGGGAGCACAGUGCUGGUAAUGGUUAGUGUUCAGCCAGGGCUCUGACUCGUGGUCCCAGUCUUUGAUCAUAAACCAUGCUGUGUGAAAUCUCACGACCAUGCAGGGUAUGCCCAUCCUUCAAUCAGCUCUCAGGACCAGGCAGAAGCCAAAUCAGAAGGGUUUUCCUAGGCCCCCUCUCUGACCCACACCAGCCCUAAGUGCUCCCCUUUCUCCCUGUAAUGCCUGCCUGGCUCCUCCCCCAGACAGUAGGUUUGGAUCUCAUCAAAACCCACUUUAGCCUGGCCAGUGUGGCUCAGUGAUUGAGCAUUGACCUAUGAAGCAGUAGUUCACAUGUGUUGGGCAGGACACAGGCCUGGGUUGCAGGCUCGAUCCCCAGUAGGGGGUGUGCAGGAGGCAGUCAAUCCUCGAUUCUCAUCAUUGAUGUUUCUCUCUCUCCCUUCCUCUCUGAAAUCAAUAAAAAACAAAACAACAACCCCAAACCUACCUUAACCAUGGGGAAGGCUCACGAGUCCUUUGCUUCUUCCUCUAUGCCACUUAUCAAAUCCGGAUACCAACUCAAGUGAGCCCACCUGCUCCAGAAAGGCAUCCUAGAAUACCAUGCCUAAAGAGCGACUGUCUGCAAGGACGGACCUGCAGAAACGCUGGAGCCCGUGGAAGCAGGUGCCUGAGGGGCAGGGCAGAGACAGGCAGGGGAAUUUCUGUACCAUAGCUUGUUAUCUUCCACAAGUGGCUUGUGUUCAGUGAUCAAAUCAGACAGCUGUAUUGGUAGGACUUGGGGUUAAUGAGGCCUAAUCACAGCUUUUUCCCUCCAAGCAAAAUCAUGAGGAUGCCUCCUCACUGACCCCAGGUGACGGAUUCUCUCACCAAUGGGUGCUUUGGGUCACAAUGGGGAUAGGGCCAAGCCCAUCAGAGGUGCAUGACCUGUUGACCAGGACAGGGGAUGGCACACAUUGACCCAUUAACCAAGCCUCCUGCGUGACAGGCACUGUGUCAGACUUCAGGGAUGCUGUGAUGCAUAAGCCACUGUAUCAGUCAGCUUGGGCUGCCAUAAUAAAAUACCACUGGGGGCUUACCCAACGCAGUCUGGAGGCUGGGAAGUUCAAGGUCAAGGUGCUGGCAGAUUUGGUCCCUGGUGAGAGCUUCCUGCCUUGCAGAUGACGACCUUUUCUCUGGGUCCUCACAUGGUGGUGGGUGGUGGGGGGAGGGAGGAAGGGCCCAAAGCAGUGCUCUGGUCUCUUCCUCGUCUUAUAGAGACACUAAUCUCAUCACAAGCAGCCCACACUCAGGACCUCAUCCAUACCCGUCUCCCAAAGGCCCUGUCUCCAAAUGCCAUCACACUGGGGGGCAGGGCUUUAAAUAUGGAUUUUUUUGGGGGGAGGGGGACGAGAGGAGAGACAUGAUUCAGUCAAUAGCAAUCACAGUCUCCCCUUGAGAAGCUCCCUGACCUUCACAGAAUCUCACUGUAAUGCACACACAAUUUGGAACAAUCCAUAUGGUCAGCUCUUGAACACGUUGUCCCAGCCCCAGCUCUCUUAGUGAGGCUUUCUUGUUCUUCUCCUUUAGUCUCACCACCAGGCAGUGACCUGGGCAGGGAAUGAUGCAGGAAAGGGGGAUGGGGACUGUGGGGCUUGUCCAGCAGGUCAUGUGGCAAAUCGACAGCAGGUCCCCGGCCCCCAGUGACCCUAACCCUCUUCCACGGUCACAAUCCCAGGCUUCUCCAAGGGAGGCCUGACAUUGUCAUCUUCAAUUUCCACUGCCUUUCAUUUUCAAAUAAUAACACUGGGUCAGAGAAUAUUUAGGAGGAGCCACACCAUGAAAUCAAAGACAAGAAGGUCAGGCCUAUCCUAGUGGUUUAUAAUUCAAAAUGCUCAGGAGCACGCUGAGAUCAAAGGGUUGCUGAAGGGAACAGAAAACCACCCUGUUUAAAACAUAAAAAUCGUAAAGAACAUAUCCUGUCCAUGGCCAGGCAAGUGCAAGUCUGUGGUGGGGACCCGUGGCCAAGCUUCCAGCAGGCCAUGUGAGCGUGGUGGAGCUGGGGUCCAGAACCGCAGGCACAAUCCUUGUAUUCCACCCUUAGGAGCAGGCCGGGAGCUAGAAAUUUGACUUAGGUCCUUGGAAAGUGGUUGUGCUCUGGCAAGUGCCGUGAGCUUCCAGUCAGCGGUAAGGUGGUCACCUCCUUGCCAGGGUUUGGUGCCCCACUGCUCAGCCCCAGGGAGCUUCCCCUUGGAGAGAGGGCUUGGAGGCCAAGGCAGAUGCGGGCAGCUGCACUGACCUGGGAGAGAGCAGGCCCAGUGGGGACUUGGUAGUGAGUGCCUAGUGUACGUUAGGGAUGCUACUGAGAUUUAUUCUUUUUUAAGCCACUGGGGUUGGGAAAGAAAUAUCCUAGACCUUUUGUUAAGAGGAAUAGUAUUGGGGCUGAGACCAGUAUUUUUUCACAUAUCACUGCCCUGACAGGAUCACAGCAGAGAAGAGAGGGAGAUGCAUGGUGUCCCGUAGUGUGUCCCCUGAGGUAAGACAGAAAGGUUUCUCUAGGUUACUCAGAUCUAGAGGGAGAGGUGCUAGGCCAGCCAGUCCAGCAGAACUUUCUGGGAUGAUGAAAAUGUUCUCUGUUUGCUGCCUGAUGCCAGAGCCUUCAGUCAGUGGUGCUUGAUCACUUAACAUGUGGCUAGUGAUGCCCUGGCUGGGUAGCUCAGGGAUUGGAGCAUUGUCCCGAUACACCAAGGUUUUGGGUUCUAUCUCUGGUCAGGGCACAUGCAAGAAUCAACCAGUGAAUGCACAACCAAGUGAAACAACAAAUUAACGUUUUUUUCUCU